AUGCAGAGCCUCUGGUACGUGCAGCCGCGCUUCGUCGCCGCCAACGGCCUCGCCGGAAACUGGGUCGUAUCCACAUCCGGACUCAAUCUCUGCCUCGCCCUCCUUGCCGCAAUGUAGCAAAAGUUCAUUGCAAAAUGGGCCACUCCCUCUUGAUGCCCCUCAUGGUGCCAGGCCCCUUCUAAUGUUGAAGUGCUUCUCAGGUUUAUUCACCAUUAAAUUUUCUAUGAAGGGACUUGCCAAUCCAAAUUACACCCAUACUAAAAUAGAGUGUUUCCAGAGAGUAGAAACAUCGCAUGCAGAAAUCUUCAAAAAAGACGUGAUUGAAGUUGUAACCGAUGAAAUGCCUGCUGGUGAAGCUAUCAUGGAUCCAACUCACCACCUAAUUGGUGACAAACGCAACAACAGAGGGGUGAUUGGGAUACUGAAAGCCACUGUAUGGAGGCUUAGUGGAGUCAGUCACCAGCCUCUUCGUUGUUUCAACAGCAGCAUCAAGCGGCGCCAAAAACAUGUCAGAUUCUGUCAAAAAAAAAACAUGUCAGUUACUUUCAUCUUGGGCAUAGCCAACCUUAUUGGUGGACUUCCUCACGUUUUUCACAAUAUCACUGAUCUGAGAGACAGCCGAGUCAUGAACGAGGACAAAUCGGAAGGUCGGCCACUACUGACUCAAGCUUGGAUGUGGUCGAAAGCCCGGCUCCACAUGGUUCUACCACUGCUCUCACACAUGGUGUUCGGGCUACUUCCACCAGUGCUCUGCGGGUUGUCGUUCCGUGAGAGUAACGACAGGGAGAACAAGAUGAUGGACGUCGCCAGUGCUUCGCUUGCCUGCAUCGCUCUGCUAGCGCUCGGGAAGGUUAUGGCCACAGAAGAGCCAUGACAUACUUCAAGACUCUCAUUUACUACCUUACCAUCGUUGUGAGCUUCUUCGGGAUGUCAUACAUCACCGGUGUACUGAUCACGAGGCUUCUAUAACACUUGACACCAUUGAUCAAGGUGGUGCAUCGGUUCCUCAUGCUUCUCCAGGCAUGUUGUUCUCUCAUUUAGUUGGUGCACAUACGUCUGCCUAGGCCUCAUUCUGAAGUCUCAAGUUCCUCGGAGCACUGAUGGUAUAAAAAGAGAAGACAUGGGUGAGUUGAAGAGAAAGUGCAUGAAGAGACAUCUAAAUAUUUUUGAGUUGCCACCUGCUAUUUUGUUGUAAUUCUUGUGUACAUUUUAAGAUGCUAACAUUUCAUGUCAAAAUGUGCGAUCUUGGUUA